UCCCGGUAGCAGUCCUGGGGUCGCGGCUAGGUUAGGCUCCCGGGGAGGAGGAGGAAGCGCCCGGGAACUCGGUCGACGGCGGUUCCCGUCCCCAGAGCGCUCCAGGGCGGGCGGGCGAGGGCCCGUUUUCCUUCAGUCAGGGUUCGCCCUGACGCCCAGCGAACCGAUGACCCCGCCGCCAGGACCCGGUGACUCUGCCCUGGUUGAUGAUCGUUGUCCUCCAGAACAGGGAUGGAGGAAAUACCGGCCCAGGAAGCAGCAGGAUCAGCAGUUGUCCAGUUUCAGUCUUUGGGGCGCCAGUCUGAGGGUCUGUCCCCAGAGCCUCAGUUCGCGCAGGACACCGACAUGGAGCAGGAACUCAACGGGGCUCCACCUGUUCCCCAGGUGCCUGCUCUUCCCCAUGAGGGAAGCCCAGGAGACCAGGCAGCCACGCUCCUGCCAGCCAGGUACCAGGAGUUUGUGACAUUCGAGGAUGUGGCUGUGCACCUUACUCGAGAGGAAUGGGGAUGCCUGGACCCUGUUCAGAGGAAUCUCUACAGAGAAGUGAUGUUAGAGAAUUAUGGGAACGUGGUCUCAGUGGGAUUUCCAUUUCCCAAGCCUGAUGGGAUCUCCCAGCUGGAACAAGAUCUACAGGUCUUUGAUCUGGAAACUAAGAAUAGAGAAGUCUUAAGAGAUGACUGCUCAGAUGGAGAGACCAGAGAAGAGAACAAGCUGUUGAUUCCUAAGCAGGAAAUUUUGGAAGAAGUACAUUCAUACAAAGUGAGAGUAGGAAGACUCAAAAAGGAUAUUGCCCAAGUUCCUGGGACUAGAGAAAUGUCUAAACCUGAGGACAGAUUAGAAAGGCUUCAGGAAAUCCUAAGGAAAUUUCUCUUCCUGGAGAGAGAGUUUAGGCAAAUAACAAUCAGCAAGAAAACCUUCACCAGUGAGAACAAUGAAUGUAAUGAACCUGAAAAAAGCUUCAGUCUGGACUCUACCCUUGAUACAGAUCAGAGAGUUCUUAGAAUACAGAAUAUUGAUGACAUUGAUAAGUAUGAUAUGGGCGUAAACCAGAAUUCAGCUGCUGGUAAACAUGAACAAAUAAAUCUAAUACAGGAUGUUCAGAGUAGUGAAUAUAAGGAAAGCUUAAUGGAUCUCUCCCACCUUAGUAAAUGUGAGAGCAUUUCUGCCACUGAGAAAUCCUAUAAAUGUGAUACAUGUGAGAAAGUCUUCCAUCAGAGCUCUGCCCUUUCUAGACAUCAGAGAAUUCAUACCAGAGAGAAACCCUACAAAUGUAAAGAAUGUGAAAAAUCUUUCAGUCAGAGUUCAAGUCUUAGUCGACAUAAAAGAAUACACACUAGAGAAAAGCCCUAUAAAUGUGAACCAUCUGAUAAACCCUGUGAAGCAUCUGAUAAAUCCUGUAGUCAGAGCUCAGACAUAACUCCACAUAAGAGGAUUCACACUAGAGCAAAAUCUUAUAAAUGUAGUAAUUGUGAAAGGGUCUUCAGUCGUAGUAUACAUCUUACUCAACAUCAGAAAAUUCACAGAGAGAUGCCCUGUAAGUGUACUAUAUGUGGCAGUGACUUCUAUAAUACCUCAUACCUUGUUGAACAUCAGAAAGUCCACUGUGAAGAGAAAGCCUAUGAAUACAAUGAUUGUGUGUUGACCUUUGUUAAACAUCAAGGAAGUCAUCUCAGAGAAAAGCCCUAUACGUGUAAUGAAUGUGGAAAAGACUUCAGAUUGAGUUCCCAUCUUAUUCAGCAUCAAAGAAUUCACACAGGAGAGAAACCACACAAAUGUAAUGAAUGUGGAAAAGCUUUCAGUCAAACUUCAUGCCUUAUUCAGCAUCACAAAAUUCAUGGGAAAGAGAAAUCCUAUGAGUGUAAUGAUUAUGAGGAAAGUUUCAAUCAUAGCUCAGAUCUUGUUCUUCAACAAGAAGUCCUCUCUAGAGAAAAGGCCUUUGAUUGUGAUGCAUGGGAAAAGAACCUCAGUCAGAGAGCACACCUUGUUCAGCAUCCAAGAAUUCAUACCAAAGAGAAACCUUAUGAAUGUGAUGAACGUGGGAAGACCUUCAGUCAAAUUCAGGCCUCCUUCAAUAUCUGAGAGUUCAUACCAGGGAGAAAUCAUAUAUGUGGUGAAGCCUUCAGUCACAGCUCAACCUUUAUUCAUCAGAGAAUCCACACCAGAGAGAAACUGUCUGAAUGUGAUGAAUGUAGGAAAAGUUCAUCAACAUCUGCAAACCCAUACCAAUGAGAAAACCUACCAAUAUAUUGAAUGUGGUAAAUGCUUCAUGCUGUUUUCAUACCUUAGUCACCAUUGGAGAAUUCAUACUGGAAUAAAAUUCUGCCACUGUAAUGAAUGUGAAAUAGCCUUCAAAGAAACUACCUUGUUCAGCAUCAAAUUCAUUCCAUGCAGAAAGCCUAUGAAUGUAAUAAACAUAUGCACAUGGGAAAAUUCAGUCAUAUUCUACCCCUCAUUCAACAUCAUUCCAUACCCAGGAGAAGCUAUUCGAGUGUAGUAAAUAUGACAAAUCUUUCAGUGAGAGUUCAAGGUUUUUUUUUUUUUUCUAUCCUUAGAAAGUCCAGACUAGAAUGUAAUCUAAUGCAAAUGGAAAAAUUUACCAUAAUUCAGGCUUUAACUCCACAUCAAAAUACUGGAGUGAAAAUUUUAUAUAAAAUUUUAAUAUAUAGCCCUGAUCUUUUUCAUUGCAGAAGAAUAUAGUUUGAGAAGUGACUUGGUGAAUGCAGUGCUGUUUCCUCAUGGCAUUCUUUUAUUUAAUAGGUGGUGUACGUAGAUAUAUAAAUUUUAUUUAUGGAACUCAUUUAAGCUAUUUUUAAAAAUAUGGCCUAUAAAUAAUUUUAUUUUUCCUCAAAUUGGUUCCUGUUAUAGCUUCUCUAAGAUAUUGUUAAUACACCAAUGUACAAACAUACUAACUUCUGGAAAGUAGCUCGUUUAGCUUUUUCUGCUGUCCUCAGCCCAAGAUUUUUUCAAAACAGACUCUGAGGUCUGCUGUUUCCUGAGCAUCCUACUUCCUAUUCCUUUCCAGCCACAACACUUGGAUUCCUGUUGAUUUCUCCAUUCUCUUAGCACCUUCAAAUGAUGGUUUUCUAGUGUUAAGCUUUUCACCAGCAGGUAUACCGUCCCUACUUGAUGUUGCUGUCUUCUUUCCUAAAGUUGAAGCAUCUUCCUUUAAAAAGAAUUGGAUUUCCACGUCCUGUCCAUCCAAGAGUUUGAAGGAUUCUAUCUCCCAUGUAUUUGGGGCAGGCAGCUAAUAAAUACUUUCAAAUGACACCCACAUUCUUAGCUGCCUUGUCUGCAUCCACGGCCCUCUAAUAAGAGAUAAGAACAUCAGGGAGCCAACAACACGCCUGGUGGUCUAGCUGCAUUCAUUCAGCGCCUAAUCUGCAUGGUGAAGUUUAGAACUAUCUUACAUACUUCUGUUGAAGGCCAGCAAAAUGCUCAGGUCUGCUUUUGAUAGAGCAAAAUAUAAAGAACCUAUACAAAAAAGUCUGAGAACUUCAUAAGGGAAUGCAACUUUUCAAAAAAGAUAUUGCUGCUCUUAGGUAAUAUCUCUAGAGAGAGUAUUUCAAGAGAGUGUCAGGUCUGUUCCUGGUAAAAUUUUAAUUACCACGCUUGCUUCUUUAUCUGUUUGAAUUUUUGCCCCCCAGUCUCCCUCAUCAAUGCAAGACAGUAUUUGAAGUGUGGGAGCUUUGUGUAUAAUUGUUUAUUCAUCAUCACGUUUUCUGUAUUAUACCAGAGUCCACAGACCAUAUAAAAGAACUUGGGUUUUUUGAUCACAGAUGUCGGGAUGUCCAGAGUUCAGGGUCACUGUUAACACUUCGCCAAGAAUUCAUGAUUCUUUAGGUGAUGUCAAAGCAUUUUAUUAUAUUUUGUUAUAUGUUUCCAUCUUAAGCUUCAUAACAUUUUGUGAAUUAGACAAGUGUUAUUUAACAUUCUUUUUGUCAUUCCAGCAAGUGAGGCCUUUGUGAUUCAGAUGUUACAAUAUUCACUAGAGAUCCUCAACAAAUAUAUAAAAAUCUAUUGCUUAUUCUAUUAGCCUCUUAUGGCUAACCUCUAGGAUAGUUCUACGACUAUAUUUUGCCGCUUAGCCAUCAGCAAGCAUAGGAUCUUAUCAGGGCAAAGUAGAGAACUAAAUGAAUUGAUUUAAAUGUAAAAGCAAAUGAAAAUGCAUGUUACUUUCCUUGUCUAUGAAUGUGUAUCCCUUUAUGUACAGAGACCAGUGGUCACUUCUGUUAAUUAUGAAACAGAUUAAUCCCUAAAUAGCAGAAUAUGUAAAAAAUCACAUGUAUGCGAUUGGUUUAGGAAUGUGCUUUUGUACUUCCACUUGAAUAAAGGUGUGUUUGAUACUCAGAA